AUGGCGAGCUACCGCGACAGCAUGGUGGAGUACGGCCAGCUGCUGAGAUCCCCCAAGUUGGACCUCAGCAUGUUCGACUUGAAUCCGCCCGAUCCAAAGCAGCUCUUUCAAGACUGGAGUGUCUUACACUGUGUAAGCCGCCUGUUUUGUGGCUUGUCCUUCCUGGUCGUCUUGGCGAUCUCGGAGCUCAACAACUUCGACAUCCCGGGUGCCAUCUCGUUCCUCAUCGUAGCCCUGGGCGUGUCCAUGUAUGCCUUCUUGCUCAGCCAUCUGCCCUGGCACUGUGUCGUGAAGAGAUCAGGUUGUUGUGGGCCUGGCUACAUUCUGUGGGGCUUGGUCUACUUGCUGGGCUCUGUCUUCAUGCUGGAGAAAUGGUAUCACCUUCUCUUGAUGGGCGGCCGCAUUAUCCUAACAGGCGAUGGGAUGGAGCCUCGGCAUCACUUCUCCACCAGCCUUGCCCUCGGCCCUUUUCUCUUCGGCAUUGCUGACCUCUUCAUGUUCAUCGCGUGCUUUCAGGCCUCGCAGCGGGCGCGGGCACGUGAAACCUUGGCAGCGCCCCUCUUGGACUCAUGA